AAUAGCUUAUUUAUCAUAAGUAAUCAAGGUUCCUAAAAGUGGAAAAAAGUUAACCCUAAUACCUUUAUUAUAAUACAACAUUUUGAUCGUUUGCGUACGUUGGAUAGACCGCAAAAGGGAACAUAUUAUUUGAAUACGUUUAAAACUGGUAGAGUUACUCAGAAAAAUAAAAGAACUUGAAGAACGAAUAGAUAGUAUGAAACAGAGGACUUUGCGCCAGUUAGAAGAGCUACAGGAGUAAUUGUCGGUGGGGCUGCUGGAACUUUGAUGGAAGGUAAAGCAUUAAAGAAAAACAUACCGUACUGCAAAUUCACAUACUCAUGAGUGCGUCAUGUCUGACAUACCUGAAGAAAGGACAUAUUACCUUCGAAUUAUUUUGAUGUGUAUGGACCUCACUAAAGAGACAAUUCUUAAGGUAUUCAGAUAUUUGAUAAAAAGUGAUGAUAUUGUAAACUUUUUAGCAUCGGUGGAUACAAUUAGCAAACUACAGGACUUAUUUAAGAAGAACAUUCUGAACAGGACUGAAUAUAAUCUAGUUUACUACCGUCCCAAUCUAGAGAAGUUUGAUAUUGCACUAUUAAUUAGACUGAUAUUUGGAUUGUGCAAAAAUGAAAUAGCUAAACCACAACUUGGCUGGACAACAAAACUUCACUCUAAAGAUGAAUCUCUUGGUGCUGAUCUCAUUCGUUUGAGAGAUGUAAGGAAUAAGCUAAUUGGUCAUCGAGCAGAUGCGAAACUCUCUAAGGCUGAGUAUGAAAACAUAAGAGAUAAAGUGCAAGCUAUUUUAAUCAGGGUGAUCGAAAAUGUUGAUCCCAGUUCUAAGGAAGACGUGGAGAGGAGAAUUGAUGAGUACACAAAAAUGGUUGUAGAUGCAGAGAAUACAAGAGUAAAGAGGUACCUGGAUCAACUUCUUGAAUACAAAAAUGAAUAUGACAAAUUACAGGAUAAGGCUGAGGAAGAGGGCAAGAGAUCUCGAGAAUUUCAAGUGUAUUUUGAAAAAACACCAGAGCGAUAUGUAGGUUAUAUAAAACUUCUUUUUGAUGGUGGACGCCUUGUUUUGUGUGGGAUACUCGAGAGAGAAUUAGACAAUCAUGAGGACAGUCUGGUUUCCCUGAUUUCUAACAACCGUAAAAUACUAGAAUCAAUGGUUGAUUCACAGUAUAAAAGUCAUCUAUUCCCAUUAGAGCCUGGCAAAAUGGAUCAUACAAAGUGGGAUGUCGGUCUUCUUGCAACGUUGAUUUUGCACGUAUUUCCAAAUAUAAGUUUAGAUGAAAGUAGCAAAAUUGAGCUAAUAAAAACUUCAAGACUUUGUUAUGCUGAGAACGCAUUACGCUCUCUAGACGCAGAUGAGUUUCUGUCAGUUUUGACAGAUCUGAUAAGUAGUUUAAACUUUCUUUCAAUGAACAUUGCCGAAGGAAAGAAACUUGAAGUUUGGAGUCUCAUUGAGCGCUACAAGAAGAAAAACGACGAUGGUGAUGCUGAUGAGUAUUUAGAGCAACUGAGGAAAUCUGGCAUGCUGGUGAAGACACUGAAAGACAUACACCAAGAAACUGUUGUCAGACUGAAGCAGUUACUGAGAAAACUUGACGAAACAGGGAUAAAUUUCAAGGCAGAACAUGAUUUAGAAAUAAAAAUAUUGACAACUUGUCAGAACGAGGAAAUGAAAAAGAAUGCAGAAGAUUUCCUUAAAACAAAUCUUCAAGCCUCCCUUUAUGAGUCAGAUCAUCCAACCAAUUUGAUAAGGGCAGAGACCAACAAGCUUGUUGCUAGUAUUAACACACAUCCAGAUGUGAAACCAGCUGGAGUUAAACGAAGCUGCAUACUUUUGUCAUUCAAAAGUUCUUCGCCUUCUGGAUUGAUCGACAUUUUAGACUACUGUGCUAGUCAUCACUUCAAAGCGAGACUUCAUAACAUUUCAAACGAGUUGCAUUAUUUAUUUGAAGAUACUUUUCUUUUGCAAGGACAUGUCACACUUGAAAGUCUUUCCGCAGUUACAAAAAAUGUCGAUUCAGAGGGAUCAGGCUCUGGUGGUACUGAUGUAGACAAAGCGGAGGAUAUAUAUUCAACGGAAAAGGAAUGGAAGAAUCAGAAACUUGGUGCAAACAUGAAAGAGUUUGAAAAUUCACGGACUAUUUGUACACAUGAAACAGAAAAAAGUACAUGUGAGCAAGAGGAAGAUUCGACCUUUCUACCAGAUUCAGAGGGAUCAAACUCUGGUGGUAUUGGUGCAGAGGAAAAGGAAAGAGCCGGGGACAAGUAUUCAUCUGAAAAAGAACGGGAGAAUCAGAAACUUGAUGCAAAAGGAAAAGCAGCGGAACACCCAACGGCUAUUUGUACAGAUGAAACAGAAAAAAGUACACGUGAGCAAGAGGAAGAUUUGACGUUACUACCAGAUUCAGAGGGAUCAGGCUCUAGUGGUAUUGAUGCAGAAGAAGCGGACAAAGUAGGGGACAUACAUUCAUCUAUAAAAGAACGUAAUAAUCAGUACCUUGAUGCACAUGGAGAAGCAGCCGAACUUCCACCGACUAUUUGUACAGAUGAAAGAGAAGAAAGUAUAUCUGAGCUUGAGAAAGAUUUGACCUUACAUUCAGAGGGAUCAGGCUCUGGUGGUAAUUAUGCUGAAAAAGCGGAAGACAGACAUUCAACUGAAAAAGAAUGGGGGAAUCAGAAACUUGAUGCAAAUAGAAAAUCUUCGGAACAUUCACCGACUAUUUGGACAGAUGAAUUAGAGGAAAGUACAUCCGGCCAUGAGGAAGAUUCGACUUUUCACCUAGGAUCACAGCAUCAUAUACGUGCCUUGUAUGAUUAUAAUGCAAGAACAGAAGAUGAUCUGAGUUUUAAAAAGGGUGAUAUUCUCAUCCUGUUGGACAAGGGAGAUGAAGACAGAAACGAAGAUUGGUGGUUUGCCAGACACACAGAUCCGAACUACCAGAACAGUAAAUCUGAGGGAUAUGUGCCAAGAAACUAUGUUGCUAUAGAAGAUGCAAUUAAACAGGAAUGGUUUUUCGGAAAGGUGACACGAAAAGAAACAGAGAGAAACCUGUUAUCUAAAGGAAAUGAAGUUGGGACAUAUUUGAUUAGAGAGAGUGAGACAUAUCCAGGUAGCUAUGUAUUAUCAAUACGAGACUAUGACCAGAAUAAAGGUGAUUGUGUCAAACAUUACAAAAUGGAAAAUAUGGAUGAUGGAGGCGUGUUCUUAGGAUGUCCUUUCAAGUCAAUAAUGGAGUUAGUGGAACACUAUAAAGGUUCUGUUGAUGUUCUCUGUCAAAAAUUGAAGUGUCCUUGUCCGCGAGCAGCUCUUGUAAUGUCAGACUUGUGCAGGGAAGAAAAAGAUGCAUGGGAAAUGCCAACAGAAUCUUUACAGCUAAUGAACAGACUUGGUGCUGGCCAGUUUGAUGAAGUCUGGAAAGGAUCACAGCAUCAUAUACGUGCCUUGUAUGAUUAUAAUGCAAGAACAGAAGAUGAUCUGAGUUUUAAAAAGGGUGAUAUUCUCAUCCUGUUGGACAAGGGAGAUGAAGACAGAAAUGAAGAUUGGUGGUUUGCCAGACACACAGAUCCGAACUACCAGAACAGUAAAUCUGAGGGAUAUGUGCCAAGAAACUAUGUUGCUAUAGAAGAUGCAAUUAAACAGGAAUGGUUUUUCGGAAAGGUGACACGUAAAGAAACAGAGAGAAACCUGUUAUCUAAAGGAAAUGAAGUUGGGACAUAUUUGGUAAGAGAGAGUGAGACAUAUCCAGGUAGCUAUGUAUUAUCAAUACGAGACUAUGACCAGAAUAAAGGUGAUUGUGUCAAACAUUACAAAAUGGAAAAUAUGGAUGAUGGAGGCGUGUUCUUAAGACGUCCUUUCAAGUCAAUAAUGGAGUUAGUGGAACACUAUAAAGGUUCUGCUGAUGAACUCUGUCGAAAAUUGAAGUGUCCUUGUCCGCGAGCAGCACCUGUAAUGUCAGACUUGAGCAGGGAAAAAAAGAUGCAUGGGAAAUGCCAACAGAAUCUUUACAGCUAAUGAACAGACUUGGUGCUGGCCAGUUUGAUUAAGUCUGGAAAGAUAAACAAUAGCACAUUGAAGACUUAUGUUACCAGUCAUAAAACAACUACUAGUAGUUGAAGCAGCUAAGAUGGUUGUAUUAUUAUAAUGUGAUAAAACUUUGUGCAGUAUGACAUUAAAGAUUUCUCAGCAAAAUCUGUUUUAAACCGGGGUAGAAUUUGAAUUAAAGUGGUUUAGAUGUGGGCAGUAAAUCAUGUAGCUGAAGUGUUUCUGUGUGUUAAGAUUCAGUUUGAUUUUAUAGGUUGAUUUGAAGGCCAAGUUCAGCUUCCGUGAAUCAAGAUUAUGUAUAGUAUGUAAUCAACAGGCUGUUGAAUUGAAUACCAUUUGUGUUUUGUUAGCGGAAACUACUUUAAAAGAUACUGGUAUACAGAGAUUUUUAACAAAAGUUUACAAAUUAAAGUAUCUAGUUAUAUGACAGAAUUUAUGUUUAACUAGAUAAAAAAUGCCGCGAAAAGUCCAAAAAAAAUCCUUAUUUUUUUCUUAUUGGAUGGAACAACUUUUCUGAUUCCUUAUAAAGAGUCAUUUGGAAUUACUUCCCUUGAAUAUUGCGGCAGCAAUAAAAAAUUAAAAACUGCGAUGACUUUCUUGAUUAUAAACGAAACAUAUAAGAGUAAGCAUUCAAUUUCUAAAUUAGUACAUUUCCUAUCCGCUGAUUAUUGUUUCGGUUCAGAUUUAUUAGAUUUUUUUUUUGCACUGGAUGUAAAUGUUGGAAAUUAACAUACGUAUCAUCAGGGAAGAACAUAAACUUAUUAUGUAUAAAUGUGUGUUAAAAUAACCAAUAUUUGGACGAGGCGAAUAUUGAUUAUUACUGUUAUGUACUUGUCCAACAGAACUCAGUGUUGUACUAAACACUGUAAAAAAUCUGAUAGUACGGUAUUUUAUUGUAUUGUUUUGUAUAAGUGUGUUAAAGACAGAUUCAUAUAUCAUUAAAUUGCAAGUUGGCGUAUCUAGGUAAUAGAACGCAUAGACUAUGUGAAAACAAGAAAACAUAUUGUAUUUUUAUUCGCCUUGUGUCAUCUUAAAUCCGAUUUAAUCAGUAAGAUUUUGUGUUUUUUUUUGUUUUGUUCUUUUGUGGUUUUUUUUAAGAUUUAUUAAUAUGCUCAAUUAUAGUUUUAACAUUCUUUCUUUCUUUCUUUCUUAUAAAAGGAACUGUGAUCAGUCUAGUCGGUCUGUGUCACUAUGAUUGAAGAACUUCUAAUUUCGACGUUCUCUAAAACCUCGAAACACUGGGUUUUACACAUAGAAUUUUCAGCGUCUAGUCAUCGGAAAUGUUAUGUUGACUGAUAUGGAAAGUUAUUUUAUUAAUUUGUUUAUUGUUUAUACAGUGUAUUGAUAACAACAGUAAAAUGUUGCAAGAGAA